GAAUGUACCCUGUAAAAUAGAAGAUUUUAAAAAAUUAUCAGAUUGCAUUUUUAUUGAAGAUGAAACAUUGUUUCUUCGUUUUGUCAAUACUAGAUGGCUCACUCUUUCUUCUUCACUUAUAAAGGUUCUAUUAAGGUGGGAAGACACCAAGAAAUAUUUUUUGGAAUAUAUUCCAAAACAAAAGGAGUAUAAAAAGACACUGACAAACAACAAGCGUUAUAUUUGAAUUCAAAGAAGUCUUAGGGAAACUGAAAAUGAGUUACUUGUGUCCAUCAAAUUCCUUAUUGGUUUAGCUCCCUUGUUUGAGAAAUACUUGACAAUAUUUCAAGAUGAAGGACCACUUGUUCAUAUUUUAUUUUAUAAAAUGAAAAAUCUUUUAAUAUCUUUAAUGAAACGUUUCCUUCAACCGACUGCUGUUAAUGGAAAGCUUACUAAAGAUCUUUUAAAAAUUGAUUCUUCUGAUUCAACUAUCCACCUUGAUUUGAAUAAAAUGGACUUUGGCGAGGAAGCUAAAAACCAGGUGAACAAAAUAUCAUGUGAAAAAAAAAGAUUUGUCUGCUUACAGCAAAUGAGAGAUGGAUAUAUAUCUGUUGUAAAACACUUGCAAAAAAAACUUCCACUUGAUUCGCAGAUAUUAAAAGAUAUGACUUGUUUGGGUGCUCAAAUGAGAUCAGAACCUUGGACUGUUAAUGCAAUUGGGCGAAUAGCAGUUACGAUGCCACAUGUAAUUACGGAAAGGGAGGUAUCAUUUGUGAAAGAUGAAUGGAAAUUAUACCAAGCAGCUAAUAUAUCAAAAGACUGGUAUAUAGAUUUUGAUAUAAAAAAACUAAAAAGAGUAGACCUUUAGUAGGUCUAAAGUUUUUGAAAGUAACAAUGAAUAUGGAAAAACAAAGUAUGGGUAUCUCAGUAAAGUUGUUAAGAGCUGUUUAACAAUUCAGAAUGGAAAUGCCAGUGCUGAGCGAAGUUUAUCUGAUAACAAAAAUACAUUAACUCCUGAGAGAGUAAAUCUAAAUGAUGAAACAUUAAUGGCUUUGAGAAUAUCAAAAGAAUAUGCAAGAAGUUGCAGAGGAGCAUAUAAUGUUGAUGCACUCUCCAAAGACUUUGUUCAAGCUGUUCAAAAUGCUCAUAAAAUAUAUAAAAAAAGAAAAGCUGAAGAAGACGAAGAAAAAAGAAAAAAUUAUAUUCAUGAGCAAGAACUAAUGAAUAAAGAAAAAGAGCAGAAAGAAAUGCUUGAAAAAGUUGAAAAUAAAAAUAAAAAUUUAGAUCAACAGGAAAAAAGUCUAAAGAAUGAUGAAAAAAAUGCAGAUCUUGAGUUUCAGCUUGCUCAGAGAAUGCUCGAUGAAGCAGCAAAAUCCAUGCAAAGUGCCAUUAUUAAGGAAGACAUGAUGGGUAUAAAAAUUGCCCAUGAAAUGGUAAACAGCGCAAAAAGAAGUCUUGAAAAUGCUACAUCUCAUAGAAAUGAACAGACAAAGUUAAGAGAAAAUAUUGGUUUAAAACGUAAAAGUGAAAUGGAUAGAUUAAUUAAGCGUUGCAAAAAGUUAAAGUAGUCGUUAAAAGUUUGAAAGUUUUUGUAAAUAUAAUAGAGCUUGAACUGUUAGUUCAGUUAUAAUUAUUUAGCAA